AUGCCUGGAUCUGUGAACACUGCAGACGAAUAUGAGUUUAUCAACUAUGAGGAGGUGGCAGUAAGCCCCGAAGACGUGGCAAAGGUCCGCGGCUGGCUCCAGCCCACAGACUAUCUUGCGGAUUCAGGUGAGUUCCGGCGCCACCUGUUAUCGCAGGCUCCUGGCACAGGGCUCUGGAUUUGCGAGACAGAUGCGUACUGUAAAUGGCACGAUUCUCCAGACCAUGGUAGUCUAUGGAUCAAUGGCGUGCCAGGCGCGGGCAAGUCAGUCACGGCGUCAUCCAUCAUCCAACACUUGAAAACAACCGAAGACUGCCCCGUUCUUUUCUUCUUCUUCCGGAACAUCGUCGCAGCCAACUUCUCCCCGCGAGGUCUAUUGCAGGACUGGCUAGCACAGCUUCUACCUUACUCCCCCCGACUCCAGGUGGCCCUUCGGGCUAAGGUUGAUACCAGCCUGGAAGACAUAUCAGACAGCAACCUUAUGGAGCUCUUCACUGAUGGGAUAUCAUGUGUCCCAAGGCUGUACUGCGUUGUAGAUGCGCUUGAUGAGAUGACGGCCGACAAUAGGGCAUUUCUUGAGAAUCUGAACAGGCUUGCCACAUACCGGCCUCGAUCUCUGAAGCUGCUUAUGACCAGCAGGCCGAAGCAGUAUCUACAGAGCGCGCUGCGAGACUCUUCAAUUGUUCACGUCAGCCUCCAGAAGAAACUUGUUGAUCGCGACAUUCUUCUAUAUCUAAAUCAUAGAUUUGAUGGUGUGCUCGGCGGACAGCACCUCGAGAGGGCCAAGAUCAUCGACAUGGUCGCCUCACGUUCUGAAGGCUUAUUCCUGUACGCCAAGCUUGCCAUGGAUCAGGUGGAGGCUGCAUUAACUUCGUCACACGCCAUCGGCGUAGAAGAACUCGAAAAGACUCUUCCAGCUGGGCUGGAAGAUACAUAUGACAAGAUGUUACGCAAGCAGCGGGAAGAGCAUGGCGUCAGUACCGAUACGCAGGUUCUUGUUCUACAGGCAGUGACUCAUGCAUCUCGCCCGCUUCGCCUGAAUGAGCUCGCCAGCCUCAUUGAAUGCAUCACUCCAGAGUGCGCACCGCCAAAAGGAUAUAAAGCUCUCAUCGCUAAGAGCUGCGGACCGCUGGUAGAGAUCUUGGAAGACGAGACUCUGCAGGUUGUCCACCAUUCUUUCACCGAAUUUUUGCGUGGUGAUACUCGAAAUGCUUCCGUAGGUGACCUGUCUACACGGUUCCCGAUCAUCGAUUCCCUCACUGCCCAUAAGACAAUGGCCAUGAACUGUCUUCGAUAUCUCCAGUCAGGCUCGCUUGAGAACGAAGGCGAGUCCGACGUGUCCAUCACCUACCGAAAGCCGGCAUUCCCAUAUGGCCCGGGUGAGCGCGACAUAGCUCGAUUUUCCUUUGACAUAAUAAGGGAUGGAGAUCCGUUCAAGUACCAAGAAGCGCGGCUCCUGCACCCGUUCCUCCAAUACGCUGUCACGAACUGGAACGGUCAUGCUAGCAGAUACGAUGCGGAUGACGAGGAGUUCUUCGCCGCGGUUUUGGACUUUCUUAGGCCCGAGAGUGUGGCUUUCAGGAGAUGGCUCAAGCUCCAAUGGGGAGCCACCUCGAGGAGCCAAGACAGUCCAGAUGGUUUGCCGACAGCGCUCCACCUCGCAGCAUACUCUGGCCUGUCCAAGUUCUCUCUGAAGAUCAUCGAGGACGGCGCAUCAGUGUCAAGUCUGGAUGCGCACGAUCGUACCCCUUUGCACUGGGCAGCUGUCAACGGCCACGAAGAGGUCGUCUCACUGCUCAUCGAGAAAGGCUGCGACCCCAACGCCGAAGACGCAUACGGUUUGAAACCAAUCCACCUUGCCGCGCGGAGGAACCACGCUGUAGUAGUGACGGUUCUGCUUGAGUCAGGCGUCGAACCUGAUACAAUCAAGACCAAGGAGAACCACCCUGGACCCAUGGGGGGUGGUGAGAGGAUCACACGAGGGGAGUGUGCCAUUUUCAUGGCGACCAAAGGUGGCCACGUCGAGACCAUCAUUGCCAUGAUUCCUUUCUGCAAGGGGAAGGUUUUGGAACGGCUUCUAUGCGAUUCGUGUCAGUACGGCCUCACAGAUGCCGUGCUGGCUAUUCUGGAAACGACAGACGUCUCGGUCAACGCUGUCCACAGAAAGGGAACCGCCUUGUAUUUCGCGUGCCGCGCGAUGAGCGUCAAGUGCGUCGAGGCGCUGAUUAAACGUGGCGCGGAUGUGUCCAUGAUGUCUACAUUCAAGCCAAGGAGAUGGAGGCUCGGAGGUACCUGUGCCCAGGAAAAGGAAACAGCACCAUUGCACUGCCUGGCUACGUCCUGGACGGAGCAGAACGACAAGGACUGCCGGGCUAUUCUGAGGUUACUUCUGAACGCCGGGGCUGACCUGGAGCAAGUGAGCGGUGCCGGAAACACGCCGUUGCUCAUCGCUGCGGGAAGUAGCGAAACUAAUUACCAGUCUCCCGUUCGCAAUUCCGCUCUCAAGGCCUUGUUGGAAGUAGGAGCGGAUAUCACCAAGGAAUCCAAGGAAUCACGCGGGGCCUCACUUCUACAUCUUGUUUUGGACCGGACCCGAGAUCCCAGCCUCGUGCGGCUGCUGAUCGAGCACGGUGUUGACCCAAACGCGACGGAUACGAGGGGGAAAUCAAUCCUCCAGUGCUCUGUUUACCAGCCAGGCAUGGUAACCGGGGUUGAACAUACCCUGGCCAUCGUCAAGUAUCUGCUAGAUCAAGGAGCGGACCCUAAUAUGUCGGAUGAACAUGGAAAUAGUGCACUCAAAGAAGCAAUGACAUGUGACCAACCGGAAGUUUUCACGUUGCUGCUAUCGAAAUGCAGUAAUGACUUCAACAAAAGGCGAUGCUGGUUCCAUCUGCCUUCUGUGUACACAACUGAACGGUUUACCGAGUUGAUGAAGCUGCUACUGGAGGAUGGCAUUGACAUUAACAUUAAGUCAAACGACGGACGGACCCUCUAUCUUCUAUGUCUAAGCAACGAAGAGAGAUUGCAGGCCGUCCGAGAACACGGGGCCAGAACUGACGUGGUUGACAGCUAUGGCAACAAUGCUUUGCACAUUCUGGCUAAAAGCGGCAGCAUCCAGCGUGAGCAGAUGGAGAGGAGGAUCGCGGACGGGGUCGAUCCUCUGAGCACAAACAAGGACGGGUACACGCUGCUGCAUCAUGUCAUACCACACUACAACACUACAGAGGAAUGGGCUACCUAUGUAAGGUGGCUGAUUGGUCUUGGAAUAUGCGUCAACGCGGUCGACACAUCUGGCUGUAGUAUUCUUCACCAUUACUUGACGCGGUGUUCCCGUGGAGGAACAGUCCGUGAGAAGAACCGAUUCCACUUCAUCGAUGCCAUAAGUUUCGAAAACAAGGUGAACUUUGAAGUCAGGGACAAGGACGGUUUUGCCCCGAUCCAUAUCGCGGCUACGGAGACAGAAAUCGAAUUAGCCAAGCUCGUGAGCUGCGGUGCAGACCCAACGUUCCUGACGCAGGGCGGGCAAAACAUCCUCCAUCUUGCAAGCUGUGCGCGGAUGCCCGGCAUUGUCGGCCAAAUCCUCGACCAGUUUGGCACUGACGGCCUUGAGCAGGAGGAUAGUCUCGGCAGAACGCCGUUGCACUACGCUUGCAGCUCAGGAGAAGCCGAGUCCGUAGCAUUCCUCCUCCAGCAUGGCGCCAAUGUACAUGCCCCCCUCUGGGACUCGGGAGGUCGACGGUACAAGUCUUUGUUGGCUACUCGCGAGGACCGAUUCCGUCCUGAAGCCUCUCAAAAGAAACCUGCUGGUCGUAGGGUCUGGUAUAACGUUCGUUAUGGAGGCCCACCGACGGAGAGAAUACGACGAACUUACUUCCCGGACGUUACAAGCAUUACGCAGAUGCUUCUGGAUGCUGGCGCGGAUGUUGCUGCGCUCCGGGGUGACUGCACGGCCCUGGAUGAAGCUCUGGACUCGGGCUGUUGGGAAUUCGUGGAGCCUUUUUUCUUGGAUGAGGAUUUGUUCAUGAGAGCGACCAAGCGCCUUGAAGGCGACUCGGCAUAUUCUAAAACUGUGGUGGAGAUUCGACAACGCAUGAGAGCCCAGAUGGCCCUGAUGCAGCCAAGAUCUUGUUUGGGCGGAAAUACACCGUUCAUGUCCGAGGUAUCGCAGCACCCGGAGUUAUACUUGGGCCUGCUUUCACGUGAUGAUAUUGCCCAUAUUAUCAAUGAGGCCGUUGAUGCAGAUAUUACUGCCACAUCGAAUUACGAUACCCUCAAGGACCUCAUUCACCUCGGGGACCUUCGGGUUUUGGAAACAGUCUCUCGAUUGGUGGUUCACUAUAGCUCGUAUGAUACUGUCAGAGAUACCUUUGAGAAGGGUAGGAAAGAGUCUGAACACAAAUACAAAUACUCCACGGUCGAGUUGACCCCCCUUCAAAUGGCAUGCGACCAGUCGAAGCCUAACAUGCUAACCGUGAGAUAUCUCGUGGAGAAGCUGCAUGUUGAUAUCAAUGCGCCAAAGGCUAUUCUUGAGGACCGCUACAGGAGCAAUGCCAAGAUAUCACCCGGCGGCACCGCUCUCCACAUGCUUGCCUCGGCGAAUGAGUGGUGGAAGUUGGAGGCGAUGAGGUGCCUCCUUGCCAACGGUGCCGAUGCCAAUGCGGUCGACGAGAAGGGCCAGACCCCCCUUCACAUUGCCGCACGCGGGGUGCAGUGGGCUGAUCGACAUAUGUCGGGCUUUUGGAAAUUGGAUGCUGUGCGCAUCCUCCUCGAUCACGGAGCCAACCCUGAUAUUCUUGAUAAGGAGGGUGAAACUGCCCUCCACCAAGCGUGUUCUGCACCCGAUGUCAUGGCGGAGCUGCUCCAAAGGGGAGCUGAUGCCACGCUGGGCACGAGAAGCCCCUUGUUCCAGGCUAUCCACGAUCAGAACCUGGCCGCGUUCGACACACUCCUGGAUCAUGGUCUCAGCGUUGAUACUCUCGACACCAGUCGUCAGAGUCAAGACAUACACCAUUCUCUCUCUGAGCCCAGGGCAGUGUACGCUCUCUUAGCCGCAGCGUUCGCGGAGGAGUUGAACAGCUACGUUCCUGAAUCUGUUCCAUUACUCCGAUCCCUAGUAAGACGAGGGGCUAAUCUCUAUCUUCCUCUUAACGAGCGAGAGACUCUCGUCCACUUUUUGUUCGAGUUCCCCGAGUAUGAAGUCUCAGAUAUACUCCUCCAAGAGCCAUGUGUAGCCCGGAUCGAUUUCGACCGGCCGGAUCAGCGUGGCCGGACUGUUUUGAUGGCAUCUUGUGCAUGGAAGCAGGAGCUACCGGGGUAUGGUUACAAACACUGGGUUACCAAAGUGACAGGUCUUCCGCUUCGAAUCCUGGACCUCAAGGCGGACGCGACGUUGGUAGAUGACGAGGGAAAGACUGCUCUUCACCACCUACUUGACAAUGCGGGGAUGCCAGAUGAUGUGCUUGUCGAGUUUAUACAGCGUAAGGAGGUAGCUCCUACACUUCUGCAGAAGGAUAAAGCAGGGUUCAGCCCGUUCCAUUACGCGCUCCGGAUUCUACGUCCCGACAUCUGUGAGCUCCUGUUGUCUCUGGGCGCCGAUCUACUAGAGGCUGACCCAAACGGCCUCACGGCCCUACAUUACAUUGCCAACCAUUGGCACAUGACAUCUCGUUCGGCAGCCGGUCAUCUUACUAUAGAUCUACCCCAGGAGUACCUUGGUAAGUGCCUGGCAUUGUGGAAGAGGUUCCUGGCCGAGGGCGGUUCCAUCAACUGUAUGGAUAGCUCUGGCAAUACUCCGAUGCACUUGUUCAUGCUUUCACGGACGAGACAUUGCGGCCGGUACAAGGAAGAGGAAGAUGUUGAGUGCUGCCAUAACGUGUUUUACGAGCAGUUCUUCCCCGCCGACAGCGGGGCAGAUAUGUUUGCCGUCAACCAUGAUGGGGAGUCGAUGCUUCAUGUAGUCAGCAGAAGUUUGAGUGCAGAUAAUGCUCAUGAUAAGCUGGUCUUUGAGGCAUUGGUGCAGAAGGGUCUUGAUCCGUUGAGGGAAGAUGCUCGAGGGAGAAGCUCGCUGGAUGUUGCGAGUGCUUUUCAGAAGAAUGAAAUUGUUGAGCUUUUAGGUAGAAAGUAG